GUGUAAACUCUACUGAGAGUGAUCACAAUCACCAUUCAGGAGACGAGGUGUGGACACCAGCAGUAAUCCUCCACUGAAACUUGGGAUAUAUAGUUUUCCUGUUCCUUUUCAGUGCACUGUUCAGAUUAUUCACUUUGGCUGAGGUGUUAUAUGAAUCAACAGUAGAAAGAUGCAGCUGCCGGUGGAAAUAUGUGUUUUCCUUCUGUCUCUUGUGGCUCCUGGGGUUCUCUACACUAUGAACAAUGUCAUAAAACAGUAAGUUGGGUUCAUCUCACGCACUAUUUUAUUUUGUGUAAUGUAAUCAUGAGACACUUUUAACCAUGACACACAAAACCUGAUCCAUCCAUACCUUUUAGUCAAACGUCUUUCCUAGGCUACACAUUCUUAGACGGCAGCUACUGUUAGGUCAUCAUUCUUCAAUGGCUUAGUUGUUAUUUCAUUCAGUCAUUCAUUCAGAUCGGUGAUACCUUCGAGGAGAGGAAAAAAGGGCCUCAGAGCCCCAGAGUUUUUCCCUAUGUAGUUUCAUAAGGUGUGUGAGUUUGUAUUACUGACGCGUGUCUCUCCUCCACAGGCCUGUAAUGGUGUUGACACUAGGAGCUGCCGUUCUGUACAUUAUACCCUACAUCAUGUCUUUCCUCGUCCUCCAUCUUCUCGCAUUGCAACACUGGGAAAACGUUGACCCCUUGUUUUAUGGUAUGUAGUAGUCAGAGACCGUAAAGGUAGUAGUAUGCGAGCACACGUACACACAUCUGAUCAUAAAGGGGUGUUGAAGAGAAUUGAAAAGAAUGCGUGAGUGAGACUGAAUGAGAUCUCUCUCUCUCUCUCUCUCUCUCUCUCUCUCUCUCUCUCUCUCUCUCUCUCUCUCUCUCUCUCUCUCUCUCUCUCUCUCUUUCAGUGUUUGCUGUGUUUUCCUUCACAUGUCUUGUGGGCCUGACCAAUGCUUUGGAACAGGAUGGCUACAUCUCUGGUUACAUGGGCUUCUACCUGAAGAAGGUUAGUUGAACUAACUAGUCCUUUCCUUUACCUCAUUAACUAGUCAUUUGUACUAGACUAUAAAACAAGGUUCUGACUCUCACUGAUCUGUCUGUGUUAUUGCUGAUUGAUUGUUAUGUGGUUUGGGAAACCCUUUGUAGAAACCACAUUUUUUGAUAAGCAAAAUAUCAGCUAUUAAACAUGAUCUGAUGAUCUGUCAGGGGGAGCCCCACCUGAGUGCAGCUUACGCUGUGAUGAUGAAUUACUGGGAGGGCGUCCUUCACUUCCUCCUCUUCCUCAUCAUCAUCCAUCGCAUGUUCAGGGGGUAAGUGGCACUUUGUUACAGUGAUUCUACAGUAGUACCAAUAGUGGCAAUACGAUUUUUGGCUAGAUGGUUAAAUCUAUUUCCUAUCCAUACAGGAAGUCCUAUCGCAGCCUAGCGCUGUUCUGGGCCGGGUCGUCCAUCGCCCACCAGAUCGUCUUCAUCCCAGGAGUAGUCAUCGGUGAGUGUGUUUCAAAGAAAGUGACAUUACUGUUACUCUCUGGUAUAGUCUAGCAUGGCCAAAUAGUGGCAAACAGGUAUAUCAGGAACAGGCAUGUUAAUGUUGUCAUGGCUCUUCGCGCAGGUAAAUAUGGUUCAAGCAUUCAUCCCGCCUUCUGGAGGAAUACUCCUUUCCUGUUACUGCCCAUCUGGGGAGCCAUCCUGCUCUUCAGUAGAGAGAGAGAGCUGCCAAUCAUUCCUGCAGACAAGGUGAGAUACCCAGAUGAAUACCUGAAACGUACAGGAACCCAGUUGGACUGACAGAGGUUGUGUUUGUCUGUAUUCCUCAGAUUGCAGUAGCGCAGAAGAGAAGUCUCCUCUACAGGCCUGUUGACCUGAUCCUGUCUCUACUACUGUUGGGAGCCAUGUCCUUCUCUGUCUUCAGGGGCAUUGUGAGUAACAGACCAACCACUCACUUCACUUUGGGGGGAAUUCCGACCCUAGUUAAGCGUGCGUAAAUGGAACAUAAUUCACUUUUUAUGCACUUUUCUCUCUACGCAUAUUCUGACCUUGAACUUAAGCGUGAGAAUACCAUGCUAUUGACCCGCUAUUUGUUUGCGGGGAGCUCAAGUAAAGGAAGGUAUGGCGGAGGUUUGUCUACAGAUACGCUGGAUUCUAACCUUGACUUAAUUCCCUCAUAAUUCCACCACCUUUACGCGCGAUGAAACGAUGAAUAAGGUAGAGCAACCUGUUGGUUCCAAGUGAAACAACAUCUACUUUAUUUUUCCCGAUUAGAAAUAACACCAUUCUCCAUGCACUGUAAUUUACAAAUUGAUAAGAGGCUGAGCUAUUGAUAAGAGCUAGGUAAAUAAGUAAGCCGUUUGGAUAAGGUGAUUGUAAAUAUAAAUGACAAUUGUUUUAGAUCUAUUUUACCUGAUCGAUGGAGACAAAUGUGAAACCAGUAAUAUGGCUGCAAACUGAAGCAUAUCAACAUAUCACUGUUUCCACAGUGAAGUUUAUGAAAUGCUGGCCUUAUAACUUGCCAUGCACAAAAGAUAGUAUAGCGCCAAACCUACCGAGUUGAUUUAUGAUUUCUAGAAUGUCUUAAUUAUAUGCCUGGACUUUUCACUGUAUAAAAAAAUAAAUGGCAUCAUGUUAAAUAUUAGCCACUAUCGGUAGCCACUGUCAGUUAUAUAUACCCACAUACAUUUAUACCUGUCACUUUAGUGUUAGUUUCCUUACAUUUUGCAUCAUUUCAUUACAUCGUUAGUAAUUUGGGACAUGUAGCCUAUUUGAAUCAUUAAGGAACACAGACCAUACGUAGCAGUUUAAACCUGGAGCCUGGCACACGGUUCAUGAUGACUGGACCGUUGUCAUCACAGUUCCAUGAUUAGUGAGGAUUAUUAGGGUACAUUUAUAGGACUACUGUUCAACUCCUAUUGGACACUUUUCUCACCUUCCAAUAUUUCAUGGAUUGAACAAUUGAAUAAUAUGACAACUUUCAGGAUGAAUCUAACCACUGUAUUUUUGAUUCAUCAAUAUAUUUAGUGCAUAAAGGCUCUCCAAACGUUAUUUUUAUUUUUAUGAUUCAUACAUACUUUCCUUACCCCAAAAUGUGCCUAAAUAAUCUACAAGAUCAGAGUAUUUUGAAUUCUACCAAUUGGUGCUGUAACGGAGACGAAUAUGUAUCUAUUUUGAUGGCUUUCUUUCAUUAAUCCCUAUAUUCUGAACCCGUUCUGUCUAUGUAUUCUAGUGUCUGUCGCCAAAAUUAUAAUUAAAGGUACACCAUAUUUAAAGGGAUGGCUUAAAUAAAUUUACUGAAAACCCUAUUGAAUGAAAACUCCAUGAGAAAAUCUGUUGGCCAGCAAGUGGGAAGGUUUUCAGUGGUUGAAAUAAAUGUAUUCAGCGCAGGCAAGGGAACCAUGCCUGCAAAGCCCGUUACGCACCAGCAUAAGGUAAGUCUGAAUAGCAACUAUUGCGUAGGAAAGGCGUGCAUUUCCUAAGUCUGAAUCAUAGGGUUCAUGUAGCCAGUGUGUUUCUGCUUUAGCCAACAGAAAUGUACAUCAUUCAUUGAUUGAUUGAUUAAUCUGUUCAUUCAUUGAUCCAUUAAUGUAUUCAUCCAUUAAUUCAUUCAUUCAUCCACCCAUUCAUCCAUUCAUUCAUUCAUUCACCCAUCCAUUCAUUCAUUCAUUCAUUCAUCCAUCCAUUCAUUUGUUCAUUCAUUCACUCACCCUCUCUCUCACUCAGGUGGCCCUCGACUGUCCUCUGGAUACCUGCUUCACCUAUAUCUACCAGUAUGAGCCUUACCUCAAGGACCCUGUGGUCUUCCCUAGGAUCACGGUGAGUUGAGCCUUACCUCAAGGACCCUGUGGUCUUCCCUAGGAUCACGGUGAGUUGAGCCUUACCUCAAGGACCCUGUGGUCUUCCCUAGGAUCACGGUGAGUUGAACCUUACCUCAAGGACCCUGUGGUCUUCCCUAGGAUCAUGGUGAGUUGAGCCUUACCUCAAGGACCCUGUGGUCUUCCCUAGGAUCACGGUGAGUUGAGCCUUACCUCAAAGACCCUGUGGUCUUCCCUAGGAUCACGGUGAGUUGUAGAAAAUAGAAUGAGUAAAACACACAUAGAUCUUCAUUCCAUUGUCCGUUAUGGCAUACUAUCCAUAUUUGUUCCUAUUCCAUACUGCUUGAUAGCGUAGUCGCCAUUGCGUCCGUCUUGAUGUCUAACGACACGUGUCUUGUUAUUUGAUUGCUCCAGAUGCUGGUGUAUUUGUUCUAUGCGUUGCCUCUGCUGGCUGCAUUCAUAUACGGGCUGAGGAACCCUGGUUGUACCUGGAUGCUGGACUGGGCCAUCUUCUUCGCGGGGGCCAUAGCCCAGGUAAUAUUAUUGGUCGCUUCAAUGGCAGUUCACAUGCAGUGUGUUGUACCACGGAUUUGACAUAGCAGUUGUGAUACAAAUUAUAUUUUGACACAAUUGUUGUGUUCCUAUUAUGUUCCUAUUAUUCCACUAACGCCCACCAACGCCCACCCUUCUUCUCUCCUUCCCCAGACCCAGUGGUGCCAUAUCGGGGGAUCACUCCACUCCAGAACCCCCUUCACAUACCGGGUCCCAACAGACAAAUGGUUGACCGUUAUGAUUCUAAACGGGCUGUAUGUAGCCGUACCGAUCCUCCUAGCCAUCCGAUGCCGCAUCAGCCCUACAUUCUUCAUGCCUACUGUCCCUGAGGGACAGACCAGCCCGGAGAAGAAGGACAACUAAACCCAUAACACUACAAUUCCCACUGAGCAUGGACUCUGUGAGCUAAUGGUCUAGAAUGCUACUGUAAGAUCAAGAACUACUGGACCCACAAUCCUAAAGAACCCAAAUGUUUUGGUGCGGCGAACCACCUAUGCUUCUGGAAAUGUGACCCUUUCAGAUUCACAAAACAAUGUUAUAUUAAUCUAGAACACUUCAAGCAAAUUAAAUUCCAUUUUUUAUACCAUCCGCUCCCUCUGUUGGCUGGAGCCUUGUGGAGUAAAGUUCAGCCCCAUGUCGACGACCGCGGAAUACAGUACAGUGCAUUAAGCAGCCAAAACCGAACCCUGCUACAUGCUAUCACCUCUGCAGCAGCACUCCCUACAUGGACUAUUGGAGCCAGAUAAAGCCUGUUUGUGGACAUGGCUUUAUGUAUGUGGCUAGUGAGUCAGUGAGACAGUCCCAGGCGGUAUAGUAUAGUAGGGACUAAAAGGCCUAUAAACCUGGACUCUGAUCGCUGACACUGAUACAGCAGGCCAGCCUUGCCUCAUAGAGUUAUAUCAGAUGAACUGUGAAACUAUGGACCAUGUUUAGGACUCUUUUUUUUGUGUGUAGUAGUGCUGCUGAUAAGACCAGAUAACAAGGCUUGUUUCACAAGAUGUGGUUGGGAUUGGAGAGCCCACUAUAGGAGGCCAUGGAAGGAGGGGACAAAUGGCAAUAUCAAUCAAAUGACAGUUAGGUAGGCCAUUUUUGGAGGGGUUGGGACAGAAUUACGACAAUAAAUGUUUGUUAUGUGAAUAUAUUAAAAUGUGUGUACAACUACACCAUUCUGUUUCUUUGAGUAGUUGUACUCUGGUCCUGGGUGGGU